AUGUCUGCCUCACUUACUGACCCGCCUGCUCCCAAACAGUCGCCUGUUACACGAGAUGUCCUUCAGCAGACGGCCGCCAAGAUCGGCAUUUGCGUACCAGCCGAGAAGGAGGACGAGUUCACCGACAUGCUAGCGAGUGCAAGGGAAGCAAUGCAGCAAGUCUUGGCCAUGGAUGACUACUACCCAGUACCUGAGGUUCAGAGGUACCCUCGCACUGACAUAGCCACUGUUGCUUCGGGCGAGAAUCCGUACAACGCCUGGGCUACCAAGGUAGUCGUAGAGGACGUAAACAAGGAGGAAGCAGAGGCCGGUAUCCUCACGGGCAAACGGGUGGUCCUGAAGGACAACGUUUGUCUCGCUGGCGUUCCCUGUCACUUCGGUACAGAUGUCUUCACAGACUGGGUACCCCAAACCGAUGCUACGGUCGUCACUCGCGUGCUCGAAGCGGGCGGAACCAUUGUCGGAAAGGCGACGUGCGAAAGCUUCUCCGCAUUCGGGAUCUCGAACACCUCAGCCCUCGGACCCGUGGGCAACCCGUACGACAAGAUACGGUCCGCUGGUGGCUCCAGCUCUGGCUGCGGCGUGCUCGUCGUAAUAGGCGAAGCUGACCUCGCCAUCGGCGGAGAUCAAGGAGGUUCCAUCCGCCUGCCCGCCUCGCACGUUGGCAUCGUCGGCCUCAAACCCACCUUCGGGCUUGUACCCUACACGGGCAUCGUCUCCAACGAGGUGUCGCUCGACCACACCGGGCCCAUGUCCCCCGACGUCCUCUCGAACGCGCUCCUCCUCCGCGCCAUCGCGGGCACGGACGGGAUCGAUGACAGGCAGAUCGCUGGCACGCCCUCGCGCGCGCACGUCCCGGACUACCCCGCGCUCCUCACAGCCGCGCGAGCGCGCCCUGGGGCCCUCCUGCAGGUCGGCUUGCCGUCGGACGCGACUGCCUCGGAACCUGGGCAGACGCGCAAAAUGCGGGUGGGGAUCUUGAAGGAGGGCGGAAUGUGCCAGGCCGCGGAUCCGAGGGUCGUGGAGUGCGUGACACGCGCGGCGCGGAAGUUCGAAGAUCUCGGUGCGGAGGUGGUCGAGGUCAGCGUACCGGGGCAUGUGCAGGCGUCGUUGAUUGGCCGUGUGCAGAGGUUCUCGCAAGCAAACAACAUGCUCGGUCGUGCGAGCGGGACGCGGCAGUUGUACCUGACCGACUUCGUAGAGAAAGUCCUUCCAUGGAACCAGGAGAAGUUCGAUAAGCUCUUCGCAAACUCCGCGAACAUUCUCAUCAAUGGCAUUUACGCCGACGAACAUUAUCCCCAGCUUCACGGCAAGACGCACAAUCUCUUCCGCAGGCUGCGAUCAGAGUACGACGCAGUUCUAGAGAACGUCGACGUCCUGGUCAUGCCAACAGUUCCUUGGGUCCCGAAGGUCAUGCAGACCGCUGUCUAUUCCUUGGGGAUGCUUUCGCCGCCCGAAGGCCCAGACGACCUACGCCUACCGAUUGGCAUGCAGCUCGUCGGAAGGUUCUGGGAGGAGCUGACGCUAUACAAGGCUGCGUUGGCGUGGAGCGAUGCUUGCAACUGGAAAGAACUCUGA